AUGGUGUCCUUACUCCCGCCGCAGUCUGACGCCACGCUGCCCGGCCCCGCCAGACUGGAGGGCGAGCCCCAGGGGGACCUCAUGCAGGCACCGGGCCUCCCAGGCUCCCCUGCCCCGCAGAACAAGCUUGCCGGCUUCAGCUGCUCAUCAUUUGUGUCCGACGGCCCCCCAGAGAGGGCAUCCUCACUGCCCCCACAGAGCCCCACCGUCGCAUCACCAGGCCCUGAGCAAGUCCACUGCCCAGCUGGCCCGGGCCCGGGCCCCUUCCGGCUCUCACCCUCAGACAAGUACCCCAGCUUCGGCUUUGAGGAGGGCCCAGCAAGCAGCCCCGGACGCUUCCUCAAGGGUGGCCACGGGCCUUUCCAUCCAUACAAGCGGCAUUUCCACGAGGACGUCUUCCCCGAGGCCCAGACCGCCCUGGCCCUCGAUGGACACUCCUUUAAGACCCCGGGGGCGCUGGAGGCCUUCGAGGAGAUCCCCGUGGAUGUGGGGGAGGCUGAGGCCUUCCUGCCUAGCUUCUCAGCAGAGGCCUGGUGCAACGGGCUCCCCUACCCCAGCCAAGAGCACAGCCCCCAAGUCCUGGGGUCAGAAGUCAAGGUCAAGCCCCCAGCUCUGGAGACUGGUCCUGGGAUGUACUGUUACCAGCCCCCCUUGCAGCACAUGUACUGUCCCUCCCAGCCCCCCUUCCACCAGUACUCACCAGGUGGUGGCAGCUACCCCUUACCGUACCUGGGCUCCUCACACUAUCCAUACCAGCGGAUCGCGCCCCAGGCCAGCACAGAUGGGCACCAGCCUCUCUUCCCAAAACCCAUCUACUCCUACAGCAUCCUCAUCUUCAUGGCCCUUAAGAACAGUAAAACGGGGAGCCUUCCUGUCAGCGAGAUCUACAAUUUCAUGACGGAGCACUUUCCCUACUUCAAGACGGCACCUGACGGCUGGAAGAAUUCUGUUCGCCACAACCUUUCUCUCAACAAGUGCUUUGAGAAGGUGGAGAACAAAUCUGGAAGCUCCUCUCGAAAGGGCUGCCUGUGGGCCCUCAAUCCGGCCAAAAUCGACAAGAUGCAGGAGGAGCUGCAGAAGUGGAAGAGGAAAGACCCGAUUGCUGUGCGCAAGAGCAUGGCCAAGCCAGAAGAGCUGGACAGCCUCAUUGGAGAGAAGAGGGAGAAGCUGGGCUCCCCACUGCUGGGCUGCCCACCCCCCGGGCUGACCAGCUCAGGCCCCAUCCGCCCCCUGGCCCCUCCAGUUGGGCUCUCCCAGCCACUGCACUCAAUCCACCCAGCUCCGGGCCCCAUUCCCGGCAAGAACCCCCUGCAGGACCUACUUGGGGGGCAUGUGCCCUCCUGCUAUGGGCAGACAUAUUCGCACCUCUCCCCGGGCCCGGCCCCUCCCGGACCCCCACAGCCAUUGUUCCCGCAGCCGGAUGGGCACCUUGAGCUGCGGGCCCAGCCAGGCACCCCCCAGGACUCGCCUCUGCCUGCCAACACCCCACCCAGCCACAGCGCCAAGCUACUGGCUGAGCCUUCCCCGGCCAGGACCAUGCAUGACACCUUGCUGCCAGACGGAGACCUUGGCACCGACCUGGACGCCAUCAACCCCUCUCUCACCGACUUCGACUUCCAGGGAAACCUGUGGGAACAGCUGAAGGAUGACAGCUUGGCCCUUGACCCCUUGGUACUGGUGACCUCGUCCCCGACAUCAUCUUCAAUGCCGCCACCUCCACCACCACCCCAUUGCUUCCCGCCGGGGUCCUGUCUGGCAGAGACGGGCAGUGGGGCCGGCGACUUGGCACCACCAGGCAGUGGGGGCUCCGGGGCAUUGGGUGACCUGCACCUCACCACCCUCUACUCGGCCUUCAUGGAGCUGGAGCCCACACCCCCCACAGCCCCUGCUGGCCCCUCUGUGUACCUCAGCCCCAGCUCCAAGCCCAUGGCCCUAGCAUGA